CAUUUCAACCAGAAAUGUGGCAACCUUGCAUUAGGCACGCCAUAUUUUGCAAGAAAGAAAAUUCGCGUAGUGCUCUAAAGAAUACCAGAAAAUCAAUAAGAAUUGCUGGUAAAAUUGUCUAAAAUCAGUGCGAGGCGCGUGUGACUUUUGUUCGGGCCAAAGGUUAGGGGGUUGUGGCCAUUUCAGCUGUUCUCGAGCGCCGCAAGUGCGACAACAACGUAGAAGAAGAAGAAAAUCAACUAAGGCAGUCAGUAAAAAUUGAAAUUCAACAUUAAAUAUGAAGGAAAUGGCGAGCACCAGCGGGAAUCACACCCAAUCUGCGGAGGACACCACCUCCUCAAUAAUCACCUACAGUCCGAGCAAAUUCUUGACUCGCGUUGGGACUGGCAAAAACACAUACUCUACACAUACACACACAACAACAACGACGGCGGCGACCGCAACAAAAACAAACAAUACGCCAAUGGGCGGAGCAAGUGCCUCGUACUAUGUGGUGAAGGCCGGCUCCCUGGGCAGCGCAGCUUCCAUGACGGGAUCCAUCAAAGUCAGCUCGCCACCGAAGGCUCCGCCGGCGAUUAAGUCGCCCGCCCUGAUAAUCACAUCGCCCGCCACACCAACCGAGAGUUCCAGCACCAUUUCGGCGCCCAGCGAGUCCUCCUUUGGCGAGAAAAUGGAACACAGCUAUAUGCGAGAUCCGCCGGUCCGCAGCGAGGUUAACAAUGGCCUCAUGCCGACCAGGAAUAUCCUGGUCCGACACCCACCGCAGUGUCCAAGUUGUCACACAUAUCCACAGCACGAGGAGUUGGCGGAAUUGCAGCAGGCACAUGUGCCGCCAUACGACGAGAUUGCCGCCAAAGAGGCUAUGAACGAGUGCGCCCGCAUUGCGAAAUACGUUAAGAACAACAAUUCGGAUGAACAAGAUUGGGUGGCUCGCGUGAAUCAAUUUGGUUGGACGCCCAUGCAGCAAAUGCUGUUCGAGAAGGUAUGCUCCAUUCUGGACCAGGAUCAGUUAGCUCGCCUGGCCAACGAUAAACGCCAGCACGAGGCCAUACACCGACGCGUGAGUGCAGACAAGUCCGCCUCCAGAAUGCGCAAAGCUCUGGCCAGCGUGGCCUGGGAGUCGCGCAUUACACAGUGGAUCCAUGCCCUACUUAUGGAGCACCUGUCGCCCUCGUACAUGGCCUCAUACCUGGAAAUUCUACAGACGCUGAAAACUAAGUUGCCUACUUUGAUUGACAAGAUGUUGUUCAGCAGACCGCUUAACAAUAGCCAAGAACUGCUGGCACCAGUGAUGAAAAAGCGCUGGGAGCCGAACAUCUUGCCCAAAGGGCGUCAGCUUGCACACAAUGCCAUCAUGGUGGUGCUGCCCACAAUGCCUACCAGCGGCCCAGUCUCGGACCGCAUGCAGAAGUGGUACCAAGCACUGGCCACCAUCACCCAGGUGGUGCAGAUUACGCUGCCAAAUACGAACAACAGAAUUGGUAAUCAGAACCUGGAUCAGGUGGCUGAGACCAUUGUGUCCCUCACACGCGUCAGAAUUCACGAAUUGCGCACGGAUAAUCCAAAUCGUGGCAUAAUUCUCGUCGGCUUCAAUGCUGGAGCGGCCUUGGCUCUGCAGGUUGCACUUUCGGAAAGUGUGGCUUGCGUGGUAUGCAUGGGAUUCGCUUACAACACAAUGCGUGGACCGCGUGGAACGCCCGACGAUCGCAUGCUGGAUAUUAAGGCGCCUAUACUCUUUGUUAUAGGGCAGAAUUCAGCCCGCACCAGCCAGGAGGAAAUGGAGGGUUUGCGCGAGCGAAUGCAGUCGGAAUCCUCACUGGUGGUGGUUGGCAGUGCAGAUGAUGCUCUCCGUGUUCCAAAAAGUAAGCGGCGCAUAGAGGGCGUCACACAGACCAUGGUGGAUUCUAUGGUGGUGGAGGAGGUCUUUGACUUUGUAAAUCGAACCCUGAGCAAUCCGCCUGGACCCCGCAUGCCCACGUCGCUGAUGCACCAUCAAGGGUACCAGCGCCAGCAGAAGCAGUCAACUCACAUCCUCGCCGAUGGAAAUGCAAACAAGGCUGUUCAGCAGAUGCGUAAGAGGAAGGCUGACGGUGGUCAGGACGAUCCAAUGGGUCAGCCGGUCAAGUCAAAGUUUGUGCCUCACAACCGCGUUCACAAGCCGAAGCCACCGCGCCUCAUUGAUCCGUUUGCUGCCAAGCGAAAGGUUGGAAGACCCCGCACUCGCCCUCUUCCCAAUGUCGGUGGCUCGGCUGGCUCUGGUGGCCAAAAAGGUGCACCUCAUCCAGACAAACCGAAACUGAGCAGCGAAGAACUAAACCAAUCCAUUGAAUUCAUACUAGAUGAUGCCCUGGACUACGAGGACGUACAAUCCACUGCAGGAGGAUCCGUUGCCCUCCCCAAGGUGAUUAAUCCAAAUGUUCUGGGGAAGCAGCUGCCGCCCGUCAAUCUAGCAGCCGGCACCAAAAUCAAGAUGAUACCAUCCAACCAGUUUGUCCAGAUCAAAACGCUUCCAUCGCAGAACAAACUCAUCAACUACACAAUGAACAAGGCUGGCGGUGGACCAGGAAGCACCGCUACCAUUGGCAGCAUUGUAAAGACGCUACCCAGCUCAACGGUUGUUGGCCAGCAGAUAUUUACGCUGAAAACGCCCUCUGGUCAAACGCAGCAGUUUGCAACAGCGGCCCCAUCUACGAGUGCAGCUGGCACAUCGUCAUCCUCAACGACGGGACAACAGAAAUAUACGGUGUUCAAAAACGCCAAUGGAAUGACAAUGCUCAGCCUUACCAAAAAUGUGCCCACAACAACAAGCAGCAGCUCUUCGGGGAAUUUGGAUUUGUCCAACAUUAUCGACAUGCCGAUUGUUUUUGCCGACAACGAAGGCAACAUUCCCGAGCAUCAACAGGCGGAUAAGGAUGUUAAGCCAGCCCCCAUUCGUCCCGCCAAUAAGACCCCGCUAAUAAUUAGCCAGAAGAUCAUUAAGGAGGCCAAUAAACCCCCAGGCAUUGUCACCAGCAGUGGAAGCAUUAGUGGCGCCAACAAGCCAGGCAAUAUUGUGCUUAACAAAGGCCUCCAUCAGUUGUUCACACCGUCGACUGGAGGAACAGUUGCCGGACAAAAUAAAGUGGUAUAUCUCAACAGAAAUACAAUGAAACCAAUGGGAAAUAUGGUGUCAGGUGCGCACCGCGUGCCCAUAAGAAUUGUGAGUAACCCAAAAACUGGAGCAGUGACGACCACCACCACCAACAGUCCUCUGAUGGUGGAUCCUGCCACAGGAUCUCUGGUUACCGGUGUUAAGACCGUCAAUGUGCAGACCAUCAAGCCGACGGCAACUGGCCUUGCGCAAGGAACUCUCCGUCAAGCCGGCAACGUGGCCAACAAGACCUAUCCCCAGUUUCAGGUGAUCAAUAGCAACGCAAGGGGGACUCCAAAAACAGUUUCCAGCGAUGGCAAGAUCCCUAUACGUAAUAUCUAUUACCAAUCCGCUACCGGACUUAAGCAGGUUCCAGUGCAGAUGGUCGCGAAUCGUGUACCUGGCGGAGCUGUUGUCUCAACAACACCCUCCUCAUCUUCUGGAGCUUCUGCCGUGCGCCGAGUGGUUAACAUUGGUCCUGUCUCCAAGUUGACGGCCUCGACCACAUCAACAACAACUUCGACCGCGGCCUCUUUAACUCAAAGCAAACAAUAGGCUUAAAACAUAUAUUGUUAUCUUGGUUAUUUUAAUAUAAUGACAUUUAAGGAUCAUAUCUCUGUAAAUAUGUUAAGAAAGCCAUAAAUAAGUUGGUAAUUAAGGGGUCUUGAAUACUCUCCUUAACCAUUAUUUCAAGAAAAAUUAUUUCAUUUAAAUAAAAGAAAAAGAUUUAAGUAAA